CUGUAAGAUGGCGGCCGCCAGCCCGGACCCGCCGGUGGUGAACGGGCCGGAGGGCGAGAUGGAGAGCGACGGCGGGGAGACGCGGGGCCUGAGCGUGGCCGAGGAGGUGUGGAAUAUUAAGCAGAUGAUCAAACUAACUCAGGAGCAUAUUGAAGCUCUGUUGGACAAGUUUGGUGGGGACCACAAUCCACCCUCUAUCUACCUGGAGGCAUAUGAAGAGUACACAAGCAAGCUCGAUGCCCUCCAGCAGCGUGAACAACAGUUGCUUGAGUCGAUGGGAAAUGGUACAGAAGUUCCAAACACUAAUUCUCUCCUGACUGACUUGACGGGACCGUCCACCACUCUACCUGUCGUUCAGUCUCCAGGGUUGCUGCAGAACCCAAAUGAUAAUUCAAGGACCAAUCCCAAAUCUCCUCAGAAACCCAUCGUUCGAGUCUUCCUACCCAACAAACAGAGGACUGUGGUUCCGGCUCGCUGUGGAGUGACGGUGAGAGAUAGCCUGAAGAAAGCUCUGAUGAUGAGGGGCCUAACCACAGAUUGCUGUGCAGUCUACAGGACACAGGAUGGAGAGAAGAAACCUAUUGGCUGGGACACCGAUAUGUCCUGGUUAACUGGAGAGGAGCUUCAAGUGGAGGUGUUGGAGCAUGUUCCCCUAACAACCCACAACUUUGUUCGAAAAACAUUUUUCACGCUGGCGUUCUGUGAUUUUUGCCGUAAGCUGCUGUUCCAGGGUUUCCGCUGUCAAACAUGUGGCUACAAAUUCCACCAGCGCUGCAGCACAGAGGUCCCACUCAUGUGUGUGAAUAUCGAUCAGCUGGACUUGUUAAUUCUUUCCCGGAUCUAUGAGAACCAUCCCAUUGCACAAGAUGAAAUAUCUUCUGGAGGAACUCCACCAGGUUCUGGGAUAUAUCCUUCAGUGCCGCCCUCUGACUCUGCCGGGUCCUUAUGCCACUCAACCACCUCCCCCACAAAAUCAAUUCCAAUCCCCGGGCAUUUCAGACCCACUGAGGAAGACCAACGUAACCAGUUUGGGCAACGGGACAGAUCUUCCUCUGCACCUAAUGUCCACCUAAACACUAUCGAGCAGGUUAACAUUGAUGGUCUGAUCCGAGAUCAGGGUCUGCCGCGAGGAGAUGGAGCCCCUUUGACGCAGCCGGUCAGGUGUCUCAGGAAGUACCACUCCCGGACUCCCAGCCCCUUGUUACACUCCUAUCCUAAUGAUAUUAUCUUUGAUUUUGAACCUGGUCCUGUAUUCAGAGGAUCAGCAUCGGGCCUUUCUGCCACUCCACCCGCAUCGCUUCCUGGAUCUAUGACCAGUAUUAAAGCAUUGCAGAAAUCACCUGGUACACAACCCCGGGAAAGAAAACCCUCAUCUUCUGAAGACCGGAACAAAAUGAAAACUCUGGGUCGAAGGGACUCCAGUGAUGACUGGGAGAUUUCAGAAGGACAAAUCACGCUGGGUCAAAGGAUAGGAUCUGGCUCGUUUGGAACAGUAUAUAAGGGAAAAUGGCAUGGUGACGUUGCAGUGAAGAUGUUAAAUGUUACAGCUCCAACACCUCAACAGUUGCAAGCUUUCAAGAACGAAGUGGGAGUCCUCAGAAAAACCCGGCAUGUCAACAUCCUGCUGUUUAUGGGUUACACGACAAAACCACAGCUUGCCAUUGUUGCCCAGUGGUGUGAGGGCUCCAGUCUCUACCAUCACCUGCACAUCAUCGAGACCAAAUUUGAGAUGAUCAAACUCAUUGACAUCGCCCGACAGACUGCACAAGGCAUGGACUACCUGCACGCAAAGUCAAUUAUCCAUAGAGAUCUGAAGAGUAACAAUAUUUUUCUACACGAAGAUCUAACGGUGAAGAUUGGAGAUUUUGGCCUGGCGACAGUGAAGUCACGGUGGAGUGGAUCGCACCAGUUUGAACAACUAUCUGGUUCUAUCCUCUGGAUGGCGCCUGAGGUGAUCCGCAUGCAGGACAAGAACCCGUAUAGUUUCCAGUCAGAUGUCUAUGCUUUUGGGGUGGUUCUGUAUGAAUUGAUGACUGGGCAGUUGCCCUAUUCAAACAUCAAUAACCGCGAUCAGAUAAUCUUUAUGGUUGGACGGGGUUAUUUGAUGCCCGAUAUCAGUAAAGUGCGCAAUAAUUGCCCGAAAGCAAUGAAGAGGCUAAUGGCAGAUUGUCUAAAAAAGAAGCGAGAUGAACGUCCCCUCUUCCCUCAGAUUUUAGCUUCAAUUGAGCUGCUUGCCAGAUCCUUGCCAAAGAUUCAUCGCAGCGCAUCAGAACCCUCAUUAAAUCGGGCUGGUUUCCAGACAGAGGACUUCAGCUUAUACACUUGUGCUUCCCCAAAAACACCCAUCCAGGCAGGGGGAUAUGGAGAGUUUACAGCGUUCAAGUAGACGCGUCUCCAUCACAACUCAUCCCAGCGGGUGUCAGUCCUUGUUUCUCAUGUCCCUCUGGUGGCUCUGAGGUUUAAACUACAAAACAAAAAAAAGCUGUUCAUUCACAGAAGAACCAAGCGUGGUAGAUCAGACUGUUUCCUGAAACCCAUUUCUAUGAACAAAAACCUCUUCCACCAUUUCUGACAUUUUCAACACAAACAACCACAAACGGGGCAGAUGAUGCUCCCCGCGUCUCUCUGGGGAAGAAAGUGAGGGCACCCUUUCACCUUCGGCACAGAGGCGUGAGGGGAAGUGACGGCUGGGGACUGGUCGUGAAGACUGAGUGGCCGUCAUUCCCUUCAGGUGAAGAGCAUUGCCGCCUCUCUGGGUGCUUC